UGAAAAAUAAAAAUAAAAUUUUAUUUAUUUAUGUUCUCUGUCCCCUUUCUAUUUUCCCCCCUUCCAUUCCCCAGCACCCACUACUAUUCGACAAAUCCUCCGACGACCAAAGCUGUCUCCGAUCCGCCUCUGAUAGUCAUCAAUCGGCAGUCAAAAUCCAUCUUAAUCACCUAGGAGAAACCCAACCCACAGAUGAUUCCCAUCGCCUCUAACUCUGCCCCUGUUCGUCGCAGCGACGUACUGGCUGAGGGCGAGAGCCAGCAAGCGAAUCGAGAUGCCCUUAUUCCUAGCCCUAACACCACAAGUGGAUGGAUUUGGGUGUGGCAUAGAUUGGGAAAGGAGAUGGAGAUGGUGACUGUGAGAGGAGGCGGCGCUUCCGAGUGGCGGUACAGAUUUGGGUUUUGAGAUUCAAUCGUAUUCUCUCUUGGGUUUCUAGAUUUUAGUGGGAAAGGUAUGGUUCUUUGUGGGGGAAAAAAGCAUAGGACAUUCUAUUGGAGGAGAGAAUGGGUGCCGGAUCUUAAUCAUGCACCUCCCGUGGAUGAGUCGGUUCUUGAUGGGUUAUUUGGUUUCUCUGUUAUCCCGAUUGAGUACAGAGUCGGGUUUUCACCCAUUGCCUGUCGGCGGCGCUGCUGUCAAGAGGCGGGGCAUUUGUUGAUUACUCUGCGGAAUUGGUUGUUGGGGACGUUGCGGUCCUUGGAGAGGAAGGAGAAGACAUGGGAGAGGCUGGUGGGAUGUGGGAGGUUAGUUUGAUGGGAAGGGUUCCGGCGAUGGAUUGGUAGCUGCGGGGAAGGUGAGGAGGAGAAUUCCAGGAGCAUGGAUUUUUUUUCCGCAUUUUUUGUUUGUUUGUUAGGUUUUUAGAUGAUUGACGUGGAAUCUAUGUGGCAAGUUUGGCCUAGUUGUUGCUGACGUGUGCGUUGAGGUGACAUCCUAGUCAGCGUAAUGUUAAUCUAACUGACGGGAUUUUUAACAUCGUUAAAGUUUGUAACAGAAAUUGCUAUAUUUGUCAUGCAAAAUUCAAAAUUCUGGCUAUUUUUGGUAUUUCUCGAAAAGUGGCUAUUUUUGUCACAAACGCGAAAGUUUUGGCUAUGCAGAUGCAUUUUGCUUAUGAUUUUUGUGGUUUGAGCCCCACUGUUUCCCUAUUUGAAGAGAGGAAGGACGGAGAAUUGUACCAUCAGAGAUCAGGGGCGGAUACAUGGGCCUCUAGGGGUGUCCCGGGACACCCCUAAAAUUUGGGGAAACGAUUAUCCAACCUCCGGUAGUAGUUUCGUAUGGGUAUACAAAAUAUAAUAGGUAAUCCGGG